AUGGCCGACUGCGAGGAGAGACGUAACAAUCGGUUCCACUCUUCAAGUUGGCUCAGAAGGGAAACUCCAUUAUGGUACAAAAUGCUAAAAAUGAGUUUCCCACUGAUGGGAGAGAUCAGAACGCCAUGUUGCAUGAGUCCGAAGAACGCCUGUAUUUGUGCUAUGGCUUUUGAAGCGUUGGUAUUGGCUCAAUCAUUAGUUUUUACAAUUGGCUACAUAUCAAAAGGUGAAGCUGUCUAUGACUCAUCACAUGCCUUCUUUUCUGAAAUCGUUAGUUGGGAAUUAUUGAUACCGAUCGUCACCGUACAGGUGAUAUUAUUAAUUAUGAAUCUAGUCUCACUUUUGGCAAUUCGAUGUGUUGUGCCAUACUUUUUAUUACCCUACAUUGCAAUGUCAGUGUUUUCACUGUUCAUAGCAACGGCUAUCAUAGGAGUCACAAUUGAUCGAAUAGUAUGGGUUUUUGGAUGGUCUUGGCCACCGAGUUUGUUAUUACUAUUACUGCUUCUAUAUCUAAUUAUAGAACUUUAUUUCGUCAGCUUGAAGUUAUCUGUGUUUAAGAUACUAGUUAAGCGAAAAAAGGCGGUACAAGGGACAGCGGAGAAGCCGGCAUUAACAGCCGCUGACCCGAUGGACUCGUACAGUCGGCGUUCGACGGUCGUCGUCACGGACGAGUUUCUCCAGUUACCACCUCGUUUCUGA